ACCAUUGAUGUCAUCUUGAUUACAAUCAUUAUCCUCUUUGCCUAUUCCCAAAACGUUGUCCUAUCAAUUUCUUCCAUCUCCCAGAACGGCAAUUCAAAAGAGCUAAGGAGCUAUUGAGCUCCACAUCCGCCAACAUGUCUUUCCACUUUUCAAACAUGAGCUCGUCACCUUCUACUCCAGACAGAGCCUCUAGAAGAACCAACUCUAGUUUCGGCUACUCUGCAGACCAUCCCUCUACAACUCCCGCCGGUCCUCCUCCUCCACCAUCCUCCGCGCCGUCCUUCACCCCGGCUGGAGACCCGUCUCCCUCAUACCUUCAGAGUUCUAUCGGCGCCAUGAGUGGAAAGAUCAAGGCACCCAAUUUUGGAAGACCGAAUCUUUCACCGUCCAAGCCAAGCUCUGGAAGACGCAACAAUGCACCUCUAGGAAGAUCCAUUCGAGGUUCUACUGCACGACAACCUUCUGGUUUAAGCAAAGAAUACCGUGGAGAAGAUGAGGUAGACAAUGAUGAGAGCGACGAUGGAUUGGAUCUACCACCAAGUAGACCAGGCACCUACGGCAUGCCAUAUGAUGAUACGACCGAAGGCGAAGAUACUGAGCCUGAUACCACAAAUCCCCUAGACGACGAUGAAGACGAAGAUGACGACUCGGGAGCGGACAUGGACCCUAUGGUAGAAGACGAGGCUGAUUAUGAUGUUGAAGAAGAAUUGUUAAGGGAAAUAGCCGACAACGAACCUUACGGCAACCAAUUCGACGAUAGCGAUUCCGACUUGAUGAUGCUAAUGACGCCUGCUGCCAACGACCGUAUUAGCAAAGAGGCGGAUGAUAUUUUCCGCGCCUCGUCCUUUCGUGCCACCGCGGGCCGACAGCGAGAGCUAAAGUAUGCGACACUUGCAAAGGACCUUUACAGCCAGUCGCAAUUUGCCGAGGUGACUGAGCCGGAUAACGUCUUAAUCCAAACCGAAGAGUUAAUGAACCGCCUUUACGAUGAGGGCGUGGGCCCCAAAGAUGACGAAGAAAAAUUAGAUGAUACCCUUGCCCAAGCCUGUGUCCGACUUGUCGCCGAUGUGUGGGGUCCGUAUGUAGAAGAGCUUCCUCGAAUCGACGAGGAGCAUGAGGCUAAGGUUGGACCAAAUGCUUUGGCGCCGGCCUUCGAAAAGGCUUUCUACGUCGCCGUUCUGAUCCUUAGGAUCUACCAUACGCCAUACGUGAGGGAUGAAUUUGGAGAGUCCAAAAACUUGGCCUUGCCUGGCGUCCUUUUCGAAUGGCAACAAGACGAGAACAACUUUGAUCCAACCCAAGUCGAAAAAAUCUUGCAACAUCGGCCUUGCCCCGCGGCUCAUGGUUUGUUUUGGCAAGCCGUGUUCAACUCUCUCGUACGCGGAGAGAUUUCUGGAGCUGUGCAGCUGCUGAGAAAGGCUGGCUGGGAGUUUGUCAAGAAGCAAGUCCGCGGUGAACCGCUCUAUAGCGGCCAAGCCUUGACCAGCAUCAAGCGCGUCGUCGAAGACUUGUGCUUGGUUAUGGAGAUGUGUCCCGGAAUAAACAAUGCAAGUUGGGACAUACCAAGCAGCGACUGGACCUUAUUUCGCCUAAAAGCCAAAGCGGCAAAGGAGGGACUUAUUAGUUUCACCGAGGGAAAAGAACGAGACCGUCUCUCGUCGAGUCGAUUCGGUAAUUCCGACUUUGCUGAUUCCAUGGAUGGACGACAGUCCCUUGCUGGACUGGCUCGAAAAGCCGAGAGUAGGAUACCCUGGGAUGUCUACGAGAACCUUCAAUCCCUCUAUGCAAUUCUCAUCGGAGAACCGGACGCCAUCCUUGCAGCUGCACAAGACUGGUGUGAGGCAACGAUCGGCUUAUUUGGAUGGUGGGAUGAUAGUCACAACAAGCGCCACCCCGGCAUGUCCCAUUCUGGAUCACUCCGGCUACCUGGUCCAGCCGGAGGAGAAGAAAACUUCUUUGAUCGUCUGGCGCUUUGCCUCCAGACCGCGACAGAAGCUGAUUUCCACUUCAACUCGGCGGACCCAGUCGAAGUUGCAGUUGCUUCUGCGUUUGAGGGUAAUGUUGAAGGUGUGAUUGGGUUCUUAAGAACGUGGUCACUUCCAAUCGCAUCGACAGUGGCUGAAAUAGCCUCGUUGGGCCGAUGGCUCCCCCCCCAAGAACCUCAGAAUCUUAUUAACAUGAACGAUUUUGACAUGGAAGAGCUGGAAGUCUUAGGCAUGAAUCAGGGCAGCGAGGCUGACGAAAAAGAUGGAAUUAAAGACACAACUCUAAUUCAUUACGGCCGUGAAUUGAAGAAUCGCAAAUACAUAUCGGGCGUUGGUCUUCAUGGCAAAGUUUCCCGGGCCGGUUGGGAGAUGGGAGUCCAAGUCGUCGGCCGAAUGGACUCUCCUGAGCGGUCUGAGCAAUUAGUACAAGAGUUGUUACAGAACGUCAUUAGUACCAUAGACGAGGAUUCUCGUGAAACAGUGGACAAGAUCUGGAAGCUGCUGAAUGAACUUGGUAUGAUAAAUUUUGCCGAGGACACAGCUGAGACUUUCGGAGAUAUUCUAGCUAAGGAUACAUUCCGAUUUGGAGAAGCGCUUUGGUAUUACGCCCUAGCACACCGUCCCGGAAAGGUUCGCGAUGUCCUCAAUACUCUCAUGUCCAUCUCUCUGGCGGAGUCUACGAUUUAUCCGCCGGAAAAUGACCUAGAUGAUACCCUUAGACAAUUACUGAGGGAACGUACGGCAACGCUAGAGCAAUAUGCGAAGCAGGAUUUAGAAGCAGCAGAGCUUCUUGGAAAGAUGUUGAGCGGCUACGCCACGCUUAGAAAGUUUUACGAACUUCGUGAUGGAGAUAACAAGACAUCCGGCAAAUCUUUAUCACGUCGUAAACAAGCUGCUACUGCCCUAACAGCCGUUAUUGCCAGCGCAGAUGACAACAUCCGAGGCGGCUUGUAUGAUGACACGCGCGAUGCCGUUGUCAGCGAGGAUUUCUUGUUAGCACUACUUGGGGAGGCAUCCGUCUUUGUUGGCCAAUCACCUCCAGUGAUAACCCUCGAACAAGUCGACACGCUACUCAAGUCCAUUGAGGAUAUUCAGACGGUCGGAUCUCGAGUUUACGAUGCCUCCGAUGAAUUCUUCAAGCUGGUCCUCGCAUCGGGUAACGGGAAAGGAUCUACUCCUUCGGACCUUCUCAGCCAAUCUACCUCUUCCUUAGGCGGCAGUUUCAUGAUGACAGGCUCCUCGAUGAUAGCAUCUCAACUUCACCGAUCCGUAGUCAACAGUGGAGUCAUGAAAGGCCCCCCUAAGCGAGCGUGGGACUGGAGAGUCGGUGUCUUUUCGGCUAGUAGCUCAGGGGAUGUACUUAAGAAGGUCAGAUUAGGCCUUACCAGAGACCUGGCUAACCUGUGGCUGGAGCAGGCGGACAGUGUUAUCUUGUGAUAGUGUGCUGGAUGGUUUGGAAUUUGGUGGAAGUCACAGUUGACAAGGCAUUGUCAUGGCGUUGGACGGCGUUGAGAAGCAUGGCCAUUUAACACACGAAGUGUACAUGGUA